AUGUCUGAAGACGUUAUAAAGAACUCUGAAGCGCUAGAUCAACUUGCAAAAUUAAUUCUCUCCAAUUCGAAGAAAAAUCCAUCUAGUCUGGCCUCUAUAAAAGAAGAUUAUGAAAACAAACUAAAGAACCUCAAUGAACUCAUCUCAAUGAUUACGUCUGUUGAACUCGACAAGGCUAAGUUCUCAGAGCUUGUGUCAAAGAAAAUCGAAAUUAUAAACAAAGAUGGUCAUGACUACGCGUUAAUACCAGUACUUAAACCGCAGGAACGUGUCAAGACGGGAAAAAAGAAGUCCAAACCAAAUAACAUUCAAUGUUCCUACUGCAAAGAAACAGGACAUCUUCGAUCGAAGUGCAAUAAAAAGCUCCUGGGACUUCCACCAUGA